CCGGAAGUGACGCCAUUUCAAUCCUUUGCCAUCACUGUUAUCCUUAUUGAUCAUUUAAUGGCUAAUAAUAGGCAAAGUUUUAAUGUUUAGAUCAACACCUAUUCAUGGACAUGAUUCUUGAGAAGAAAAUAACUUUCUGAUUUGAAUUGGGAGUGAAAUUGAUAUUUACUACGAUUAAUUAGAAGGUCGAUCCGCCAUCUUUUGACAAAUAUUUCGGGAGUUGAAUGAGGAAAGAUCAAGAUGGCGAAAAAAACAUACGAUUUGUUAUUUAAAUUGCUUCUUAUUGGUGACUCUGGUGUUGGGAAAACGUGUCUCUUAUUCAGAUUCUCCGACGACGCUUUCAACACAACUUUUAUUUCCACCAUUGGAAUAGAUUUUAAAAUCAAAACAGUUGAACUUGGUGGAAAGAAAAUAAAGUUACAGAUAUGGGAUACAGCAGGACAGGAGAGAUUCCACACCAUCACCACCUCUUACUACAGAGGUGCCAUGGGCAUCAUGCUGGUGUAUGACAUCACCAAUCCCAAAACCUUUGAAAACAUCUCCAAGUGGCUACGGAAUAUUGAUGAGCAUGCUAAUGAGGAUGUAGAAAAGAUGAUUUUGGGAAACAAAUGUGACAUGGAGAACAAACGACAGGUGUCCAAAGACCGUGGAGAGGCGAUUGCCAAAGAACAUGAAAUUCCAUUCCUAGAAACAAGUGCAAAAGCCAAUAUUAAUGUAGAGAAAGCCUUCAUGGAUUUAGCACAAGCAAUAUUGAAUAAGUCACCAUCUAGGGAUACAAGACCAGAAGGACAAGUGAUAAAUGGAGGGAGCCGGCCUAACCACUCCAGUAAAUGUUGUUAAAAGACUUCUGUAUCUGUAUUUAUGGGGACAUCACUGUUUUUGUCAUGUGAAUAAAAACAAAGCUUAAGUAGCCACAUGGUUCUGGAGAUUCUGUUCUGGAGCUUCAGGAGUCGGGAAUCUUAUCCCCUUCACAGCCGGGUCUCCCAUUAUUUAAUUAAACACAAUAAUCCACAGCAGGUAUCUAAUAAAAUGUACUGGUAGUCAAGCAUUAAUAUAUAAGAAUGCUAUGAACUUAAUAAAUCAUAUAACUAAUAAAAUAAGUAAAAUAUGAGAAGUGGCUGGUAACACAAUGUGAUAAAGUAAAAUUAAUUGCUGAUACAUUGUACCGUUUACUUCUAGCUUUUGCAAGAAGUCUAUAAAGAUAGUUGGUCAGAAUUUAUUUUUGUUCAUGUUUUCAACUAAAUCAAAUUUAAUGAUUUAUUUAAAAAGUACCGUUUAAUUUGUCUCUUAACUGCACACUAAUUUUGGGGUACUUGCCUGCAAUAAUAUAAUACAUUAUUUGAUGAAAAAAUAAUUAAACUUCAGCAACACUAGAAAAAAAAGCUGGAUAAUCUAAUUAUGUCCCAAAUGUUUCUGCAAUUAUUAAAAUUAUUUUUUUUUAAAUAUAAGAGUGAAUAUUAAAAGACUGUGGAAGUUGCAAAAACAAUCUUUCAGAAAUGGAACAACAUGAUGUUUGAAUGUUUUACUGAUAUGAAAGAUAUUUUAUGCCUCUUGUUGGUUUUAGAGAACGAAAGAUGUAAGGAAGAAUAUUAUCUUAUUGGUGAUUCAUUUCACUAUGCCUUGCUUGCACAGAAUUGUUAUGAUUUGGUGUUGCUGUUUCACACAAGCGUAUUUGUUAAAUUGUUAGAGGUAGGGGUGAGAGGGGAGGAGGUAUAUGGACUUGAUAAGGUUUCCUGUAUCUAUUUCCCAAACACUUUACUUAAUUGUGUUAAUAAAAGUACAAGAAAUUGAUAUGAAGAUUUUUUUAAUACUAAGGUUUGGUCUAUUUCCUGCUAUAAAUUUAUAGCUUUAUCAAAUAUAUAAGAAAGAUAUGAUUUGUUAUUUAAUUUACAAUUUUUGACCUCUGUGGAUUAUAAAAGAAAUGUUAUUUGUUCUUAAAAGUAAGUAGCUGAAAUCUGUAUAAAAACAGCCAACAAUGCUAUUUGCAGUAUUGGGCUAUGUGUACAAGUUAUGUAAAUUAAGUUUCGAUAAGAAUAAGUUUAGUGAUUUUGAAAACUGCUGCUUAAUAUGCAAGUUGUAACCUGUAUUGAAAAUGCAGUACAUUGUGUUUGUGUUCAUAUAUUUUGAUUUCAUGUGAAUGGUAUUUGUUUAAUCUCGACUUUAGAGUCAUUCAGAUACGUGUAUACACAUACCUUGUAUUUCAAUCUACAAAGAUUACAAAUAUGGAUAUUGGAGACAAGAACAAUAUCCAUGCUGAAGGGAACCAUUUUGUUAAUUUGUUCACUAAUUUGUAAAUAAUUAUUUUAAUAUGGCAAAAUUUUUGUUUUUCAUUCAUGCAAUGUUUAUUUUUGUCAUUGAAAUGAAAUUGAUGGACGCUUUGUACUUUGACACACACUUUGAUUUCAUGGUAUCUAAUGAUAUCUCUGUUGGUGCCUAGUCUUUUGUUUUAGACUGUGUUGUCAGUUUUUAUUUGGUGUGAGGUGAGGUUUACAUGACUGUUACAUUGGUGUGUGGUAUACGUUGAUGAGAGGUAUACAUUGAGGUAUACGUUGAUGAGAGGUAUACAUUGAGGUAUAUUCUGAGAGGUAUACACUGAGGUAUACACUAAUGAAGAGUAUGGAAGGCCAAAUGUGAUUAGGGCGGUAUGAGUGGGGAGAUUGAGGGAUACACUUCAACAUUUUUCUUCAUCUGGAUUUCAACUUUUGUUUCAACUUUCUUUAUAAAAAUGGAUAACAGAAUCUAUAUACAUGUAUAUUGAAUGUGUGUCUUUAUUUUAAAAAAAACCCAGAAUCAUUAGUGCGUGCAAUCAGAUUGGACCAUUCUGAAGAUUGUCAAAGAAAUUGUUCAUUCAAAUAUGUACAAGAAUAGGCCUGUAAAUACAACCAGUAACUUAGUCCAAUCCAAGUAUGUGUGCUUCUGUGGCUGUCAUCAGUGUUCAGUGUGUGUGAAGAUUCUGUUUAGUAAUAAAGCAGCUUUUGAUGUGGACCAGAGGGCUAAGUACAUGUAGUAUAAUUAACUCUGUGGCAAAACGUCUUCCCUGUUUUGGCGAAUCGGAGGUCUUGCCACAAUAUGGUGAUUUAGUAUUCAGAAGUCAAAGAAUGGUGUCAGAGUUGACCAUUUCAUUUUGUGUACAUAUACAUGUAUCUCAGUGUUAAGUUACCAGCCUACCGUUUUGUAUUUGAUUAUAUAGACUUGUUCUCAAUCUAGGCUAUUCAUUUUGCUUCUGAUAUCCACUCCUAAUUUUAUUCUGAAAUAAACUUUGAAAGAUAAAGUUAAA